UACCCCGUUCUCCCUUGCCUUGCCCACUUCCACGAAAGCAAGCAUCUUUGUUACAGAAGAAGCCUUUGACAUUAUCAUCGAAGGGCGCUCGCGCAUCAAAAGUGCCCAAUAGCCAGACAAUCGAACGAUCCGUCACAGACAUCGAUCAUGGCGAGUGGCCCGCCUUACGAUCAGUAUGGCGGCGGGUAUUAUCAGCAGCCGCCCCCUCAGGGCCAGCAGGGAGGGUACUACAAUAACUACAACAACAAUAACGACCCUUACUACUCGCAGCAGCCGCCAAACGCGCCACCCCCGCCGCCCCAGUAUGGAAACCAGAACCAGAGCGUGCCGUACGCCAACGGAAUGGGCGAGAAACCCAGCUUUGACCAGGCGUUUGCGGUACAGAAGCCCAAGUGGAACGAUCUCUGGGCCGGGAUACUGUUCUUAUUAGUCUUUGCCGGCUUCGUUGUGGUAUCGGCGUUUUCGCUCCAAGGCUACGCGGCUACGAGGAAUCAGAACACUGGUGGGCUCGGUAACCAACUCAAUACCUUCACCCUCACGACACACACCAUCAUCCUAUUCGCCUGGGUCCUCGUGACGGCCCUCGUCCUCAGCUACGGCUACAUGUGGCUAGCUCGUAGAUUCACGAAGCAGUUCAUCUGGAUUACGGGGAUCCUCAACAUCCUCUUCGGGCUGGUGACGGCCAUCUACAUGCUGUCCCGGCGCUAUUGGUCCGGCGGGAUCGUGUUCCUCCUCUUCUCCGCCUUCAUGGUCAUCUGCUUCAUCACCUGGAUCAAGCGCAUCCCCUUCAGCGUCCUGAUGCUCCAGACGGCCAUCGACGUCGCCAAGCAGCACGGCCACGUCUACCUCGUCAGCGCCGUGGGUGGCCUCCUGGCCACGGUCUUCGCGGCCUGGUACUCUGUCACCCUCGUCGCCGUGUACGUCAAAUAUGACCCGAACCAGAACAAUGAGGCCUGUCGGGAGGGCGUCGGCAGCUGCAGCCAGGCCAAGGUGAUCGGCCUCGUGGUGUUCGUCACUUUCGCGGCCUACUGGAUCUCGGAGGUGCUUAAGAACACCAUGCAUGUGGUCAUCUCGGGCGUGUACGGGUCGUGGUACUUCAACUCGCGCAGCUACCCAACAAAGGUGACGCGCGGCGCCCUGAAGCGGGCGCUAACCUACAGCUUCGGCAGCAUCAGCCUCGGCAGCCUGAUCGUGGCCAUCAUCAACUUCCUCCGCCAGGUGUGCUCCGUCGCCCAGCAGCAGUCGGCCGCCGACGGCAACAUCGUCAGCACCAUUCUUUUCUGCGUCCUCCGCUGCUUCAUAUCCAUUCUCGACUGGGCCGUGCAGUUCCUCAACCGCUACGCCUUCUCCCACAUCGCCCUCUACGGCAAGUCAUACUUUGCCGCCGCUAAGGACACCUGGAAGAUGAUCAAAGACCGCGGCAUCGACGCCCUCAUAAACGACUGCCUCGUCGGCCCCGUCCUGAGCAUGGGCGCCACCUUUGUCGCCUACGCCUGCGCCCUCCUGGCCUACCUGUACCUGGUCUACACGAAACCGGCCUACAACAUCGACGGCGGCUACACCCCCGUCAUCGUCGCCUUCGCCUUCCUCAUCGGCCUGCAGAUCUGCAACGUCUUCACCACCCCGAUCAGCAGCGGCGUCGACACAAUCUUCGUCGCCGCCGCGUGGGACCCCGAGGUCAUGAUCCGAGACCACCCAGACCUGUACCAUCGCAUGGUGCAGGUUUAUCCGCGCGUGCAGCAGGCUAUUCACGCGUGAGGGGUUGGGGCUGCUUGUGGGGGGUAAUGAUGGUGUCGGAUGGAGAAGGUUUGACUAAUACCAAUGGUGACGAGCACAUAUGUUUGCGGUCCCCAAAGAUUACCGGGGCUAGUUAAAACCGUGCUAGGAAAGCAUAAUAAAUUCUUACAACUUUAGAAACAAUAUCCCAUGCCUUCCAAGGUCCAUCUAUUG